AUGAAGCUCCUCAACCGUCUCUCCGCCGCAUUCUUCGCGGCCAGCAUCGUGCUGGAACCAUGCUGGGCCCAGUCGAGCACCCCGGUGGUCUACACCGACCCCGCCACGGGCAUCACGUUUGAUACGUGGACAGUGCCCACAAGCCAGACCGCAGGCGGUCUCACCUUCGGCGUGGCCCUCCCCAGCACGGCGUUGACUACGGACGCGACCGAGUUCAUCGGAUACCUGCAAUGCGCAUCCACCGACGCCACAAAAACAGGAUGGUGCGGCAUCUCCCUCAAGGGAAGCAUGACCAGCAACCUCCUCCUCAUGGCAUGGCCGUACAAGGACGAGAUCCUGACCUCCUUCCGCUUCAGCUCGGGCUAUACCAUGCCCGACGUGUACGCCGGCAACGCGACCCUCACGCAGAUCUCGUCGUCCGUCAACGCCACGCACUACACGCUGCUCUUCCGCUGCCAGGGCUGUCUCGCCUGGAACCACAACGGGGUGACGGGGUCUGCGCCGACCAGCGCCAAACAGCUGGUGCUCGGGUGGGCGCAGGCUGUCGCUGCGCCGGGGAGCCCGUCCUGUCCUGCGCAGAUUACCCUGCAGCAGCACGAUGCGCAGGGGAUCUGGGUGGCGAAGCUGGAUGCGUCGGCUGCCAGCGCGUCGUACGAGCAGUGGGCGGCGCUGGCGAACAAGACUGUUCCUGGUGAUUGCUCCGGUGGCGGCGGUGGCACGGAUCCCGUUGGAGUGCCGGUGCCGCCUGGAACGACGUUUGAUUAUGUGGUUGUCGGUGGUGGUGCAGGCGGGAUUGUCGUCGCGGACCGACUUAGCGAGGCCGGACACAGCGUGUUGUUGAUCGAGAAGGGGCCCCCGUCUUCGGGCCGCUGGGGUGGUACCAUGAAGCCUGACUGGCUGGUUGGGACUAACCUGACUCGAUUUGACGUGCCGGGGCUGUGCAAUCAGAUCUGGCAUGAUUCCGCGGGGAUCGCCUGCGACGAUAUCGACCAGAUGGCGGGUUGCGUUCUGGGAGGAGGGACGGCGGUUAAUGCCGCCCUGUGGUGGAAGCCAUAUCCCCUCGACUGGACCUACAAUUUCCCCGCUGGCUGGCAAGCGGAGGACAUGGUCUCCCCGACAAACCGGGUCUUCAACCGCAUCCCCUGGACCGUCCAUCCUUCCGCGGAUGGAAAGAUCUACAUGCAGCAAGGCUACAAUGUCAUCGCGGGCGGUCUCCAAGCAGCCGGCUGGAAGGAACUGACCUUAAACGACAAUCCAUCGUGGAAGAACCAUACCUACGGCCAUACCCCGUACAUGUUCUCGCACGGCGAGCGCGGCGGGCCGAUGGCGACGUAUCUAGUGUCUGCCAGUAAGCGAAACAACUUUAAGCUCUGGAUGAACACGACCGUCAAGCGGGUGGUCCGUACGGCUGACGGACAUGUCACUGGCGUGGAGGUCGAGCCCUUCCUGGACGGCGGAUACGAGGGCGUCGUCAACGUCACGGCGAAGACGGGGCGUGUCGUUCUUUCGGCGGGGACGUUUGGCUCGGCUAGAAUCUUGAUGCGAAGUGGUAUCGGACCGUCGGAUCAGCUGGAUAUCGUGAAGAGCUCGAGUGAUGGACCCACGAUGAUCGACAAGUCAGCCUGGAUUAACCUGCCUGUGGGCAUGAAUCUCGUGGAUCACGUCAAUACCGAUACUGUUGCCACCCACCCCGACAUUGUCUUCUAUGACUUUUAUGCCGCGUACGAUGACCCGAUCAAGAGCGACGCAUCGAGCUAUCUCAACAAUCGCAUCGGCAUCCUAACCCAGUCCGCCCCUAACAUCGGUCCAAUCUUCUUCGACGAAAUCCGCGGCGCCGACGGCAUCACCCGGCAGAUCCAGUGGACCGCCAGAAUGGAAGGAGGCCACGACACGCCCGAUGACCACGCCGUCGUCAUGAGCCAAUACCUCGGCCGUGGCUCUACCUCCCGCGGACGCAUGACCAUCACCGCAAACUUGGAUACCGUCGUCUCGACGCUCCCGUACCUGCGCGACCAGCACGACGUCGACGCCGUCAUCCAGGGCCUGGUCAACAUGCAGAAUGCGCUCAAAGGAGUCGGGCUGAACUGGACCUAUCCUGCGCCGAAUAUCACGGCAGAAGAAUUUGUCAAUACGAUGGAAAUAACAGCGAGCACCAGACGCGCGAAUCACUGGCUGGGGACCUGCAAAAUGGGCACCGACGACGGAAGAAAGGGCGGCACGGCGGUGGUGGAUACCAAUACCAAGGUCUACGGCACUGAUAACCUGUUCGUCGUGGAUGGGAGUAUCUUCCCUGGCAUGGUGACUAGCAAUCCAUCGGCGUAUAUCGUGAUUGCGGCUGAGCGGGCGGCGGAUCGGAUUCUUGCGUUGGCUACUUAG